UUCCCGAAAGCAAACAAGUGACUUUUCUCUCUCUCUCUCUCUUUUUUUUUUGUUCUAUCUGAACUUCUUUGUCUCGAGAUUCGCUUCUCUACGCGAACUCCUUUAUCAUCAUCUUCCCUCUGUCGGUUGGAUCGAAAAGGUUUCUGUAAGAAAGAGAUUCCGAAAGUUUCCAACUUUGUGUCAAUAUACCAAAAGAAAAAGGAAAAAGUUGAUUCAGAAUGGUGGAAACAGGGGACCAUCAACACCAUCCUCCGGCGACCGCCUCCGCCGCUGCUCCGCCGAUGGUUGUUCCGCCGUCUCUGGCGGUUUCGAGGGGACCCACUUGGACUCCGGCGGAGCAGCUCCACCAGCUUCAGUACUGCAUCCACUCAAACCCUUCAUGGCAUGAAUCUGUUUUACUGGCUUUCCAACACUACAUUGUGAUGCUUGGGACAACCGUGUUGAUUGCCAACACUCUUGUGCCCCAGAUGGGUGGGGAUAAUGGUGAUAAAGCGCGAGUAAUCCAGACACUGCUGUUUAUGUCGGGAAUAAACACGUUGCUACAAACCCUUAUCGGGACAAGGCUUCCUACGGUGAUGGGAGUUUCUUUUGCGUAUAUUCUUCCCGUGUUGUCGAUCAUCAGAGAUUACAAUGAUGGUCAGUUUGCAUCCGAGAAGCAGAGAUUUCGGCAUACCAUAAGAACUGUACAAGGAUCUCUAAUCAUUGCGUCGUUCGUGAAUAUCAUACUUGGAUAUGGUCAAGCAUGGGGAAACCUGAUAAGAAUCUUUACCCCCAUUAUUGUUGUGCCGGUGGUUAGUCUCGUGGGCCUUGGUCUGUUCAUUAGGGGCUUUCCGUUGCUUGCUAACUGCGUGGAAAUCGGUCUGCCUAUGCUGAUUCUGUUGAUUGUCUCACAGCAAUAUUUGAGACAUCUCCUUCCGAGGGCACAUGCUGCACUCGAGAGAUACGCUUUACUUCUUUGCAUGGGACUUAUAUGGGCUUUCGCCGCUAUCCUCACUGUUGCUGGUGCUUACAACAACGUCUCGGCCGUGACAAAGCAAAACUGCCGUACAGAUCGCGCCUUUCUCAUGUCCACAGCUCCUUGGAUCAAGAUUCCGUAUCCGUUUCAAUGGGGAACUCCGAUAUUCAGAGCGAGUCACGUGUUUGGAAUGUUUGGUGCUGCAAUUGUUGCAGCUGCAGAGUCUUCUGGAACCUUUUUUGCCGCUUCCCGUCUGGCAGGAGCAACAGCGCCUCCAGCUCAUGUCGUUUCCCGUAGUGUCGGGCUACAGGGUAUUGGCAUGCUCCUUGAAGGAAUCUUCGGCUCCAUUGUCGGAAACACUGCAUCCGUUGAAAAUGUCGGUCUUCUUGGACUGACACGAAUAGGGAGUAGAAGAGUGGUACAGAUCUCGACGGGUUUCAUGAUCUUUUUCUCCAUAUUUGGAAAAUUCGGUGCUUUCUUUGCAUCUAUACCACUUCCCAUCUUUGCAGCCAUAUACUGUGUACUACUCGGAAUCGUUGCUGCUGUCGGGAUCUCGUUUAUACAGUUCUCUAACACGAAUUCCAUGAGAAAUAUCUACGUCCUCGGGGUAUCUCUGUUCCUCGGGCUCUCGAUAGCUCAGUAUUUUGUUUCUAACACUACAAGGGAGGGAUAUGGACCAGUUCGGACGUCAGGUGGAUGGUUCAACGAUAUACUGAACACGAUAUUCGGGUCAGCUCCAAUGGUGGCGAUCAUAGUGGCAACGAUACUUGACAACACGCUGGAAGCCCGGCACGCCAUAGAGGAAAGGGGAAUACCGUGGUGGAAGCCGUUCCAACACAGAAAAGGCGAUAUGAGGAACGAGGAGUUCUAUAGCAUGCCACUGAGAAUAGACGAGUACUUGCCGACCAGGUUCCUGUGAGUGUUUCAAUUUUAACAUUUUGAGUUUCGUUUUACAUAUAAAGUUGUGGGUUUUUUUUUUUUUUUUUUUGGGGCAAGUUUGGUUGUUGUUGUUGUUUUCUCCGUGUGUGUGUGUGUGUGUGUCAUGUAACAUUGUAGAUUUUUAUGUGUCCGGUUCUAGUUUUGGUGGGUUUCCGACAAAAUGUAACAUACUCGAAUGAUAUUUACAAGUCUUUCCAAAACAUUGUUUUCAUGUUUUGGUUCA